CCUACGGCGUGUUGAAUGGGACAUCUCGGUUCAUUAUGGCAAAUUCUUAGUCAUGUUUUUUUUUGAAUGACUUUUAGUCCUCAAUAUGGAAAAGUUAUAAAGUCCUGAGCACAGUCGCCUUCACGGUGCCCCCCCCAAAAAGAAACAACCAACUAACGACUCCCUAUUGCAGAGGCUAAAAAGUGACCCAAAGUGAGGUUAAUGCUGGGUUUCAGCCACAAGCACCAGCGCCGCUGUGACUCCUACGGGACGGACCGAGCUCUGGGUUUCUGUGAUCCUGAGCUGUUUAUCAUGCAGGCUGUGAUCCCGCUUGGGAACAGUAAACCCGCCGCCGAUCGCAGGUGAGACCACAACAGGCUAGGUGGAAAGCUAACGGUGUCUGCCGACGGGAAACUAAACCCAGAUAGCCCCUUAUCGCUCAACGUGGAUUGUGUUUUUUCUUUUUCUUUUUUUUUAAUAGCAUGCCGUGCUAGCUAACGGUAGCACCGGGUGUUGCACUGCUAGUCGGCUAGCCUGCCGCCUUGUGUGUCACCACACAGGGACGCCUCUCGUGUGUUUAUAACAGUAAACCAGACACACGGAAUCCGACAUCAGCCGUUCAUAAGGUAGCGAGUGACGUCACAAAGCCCAGGACACAUCUCGUGGGGGACUUUGGCUUGAUAUGCAAAUACUUAGACAGGCAGACUUCAAAGGUCGCCGCUAUCUAUCCAUCCAUUGCAAGUUUAUCGUAAACUUUGCCUGAUUAUUGAUAUCUACGAGUGGACCAUCCUCUGGGCGGUUGACCCAUGCCAUGCGACGCUGGAUGAUGUCCUCCAGGACCAGCGAGCAGCACGCUAGGCGGCCCGCAUCGUCACCCAGUCUAGGGGUGUCUGAAGUGUAAGCCUGGGGGCCCCGUGGAAGUGUUCGCCUGUGAAGGGUUUCUUGACUUUUUAGCCGACCGCUUGGAUUGCAAGACCAACAACAAUGGAGGUAACGAUGGAUUACUGCGUGGAGCUAGUGCUGCAGAAGGACCUGGGGAAGCGGCUGCAGACGGGCCCGGAGCUCACGGAGCUGCUGUUAGACCCGGAGAGGCUCCCGACCCUGGAGCAGGACCCGGCUCUGCUGGACCGGAUGGUGGACGGCGUCGCCAGCUCCUGGGUCAAUAACAGUCAUUUCAAGGUGGUUUUAUUUGGAAUGGACAUUCUAUCAGCCCUGGUAACAAGACUACAGGAGAGAUUUAGAAAUCAGGUUGGAACAGUGCUGCCCAGCCUGAUGGAUCGGCUGGGCGAUGCCAAGGACGCGGUCCGGGACCAGGACCAGGCCCUGCUCUUGAAGAUCAUGGACCAAGCCGCAAAUCCACAGUACGUGUGGGAGCGCAUGCUGGGCGGAUUCAAGCACAAGAACACCAGGAGCCGGGAGGGACUGUGCCAGUGCCUCAUCGCCACCCUCAACGCAUUUGGAUCUCAGAGCCUGACGCUCAGCAAGAUAGUCCCUCACAUCUGUAACCUCCUUGGGGACCCCACGAGUCAGGUGCGUGACGGUGCUAUGAACUGCCUGGUGGAGAUCUACCGCCACGUGGGGGAGCGAGUGAGGAUGGACCUGGGGAAGAAGGGCCUGCCUCAGUCACGGUUGAACGUCAUCUUCAGUAAAUUCGACGAGGUCCAGCGGUCGGGCAGCAUGGUCCUCUCGCCCCUGUCUGAUAAGAACUUCGAUGAGGAUGACUCUGUGGACGGGGGACGCUCCACCUCGUCUUCCAAGCCCGUGUCCGCGUCCGGGAGGAAGGCGGUGAGCAUGGGCUCCUUCCGGAAGCCUAGCUCGGGCUCCAGCGCCAAGUCCGCAGGGAAAGAUGCGGCCAGUGCUGGGGCCGUGGACGAGGAAGACUUCCUCCGAGCCUUUGAAGAUGUUCCCACCGUGCAGCUCCACUCCAACAGAGAGAUGGAGGAGGCCAUGACCAAGAUCCGGGACGUGCUGUCGGACGACAAGCGAGACUGGGAGCUACGCGUCGCCGCCCUGAGGAAGGUGCGCUCGCUGCUGCUGGCCGGCGCGGUGGACUACGACGGCUUCCCCCAGCAGCUGCGGCUCAUGGAGGCGGCGUUCAAGCUGUCGGCCAAGGACCUGCGCUCGCAGGUGGUGAGGGAGGCCUGCAUCACGCUGGGCCACCUGUCCUUGCUGCUGGGCAGCGGGUUCGACCACGCGGCCGAGGCCACCAUACCCGUGCUGCUGAACCUCCUCCCCAACAGCGCCAAGAUCAUGGCCACCUCCGGGGUGGCCGCCGUCCGCAUCAUCCUCAAACACACCCACUUCCCACGCCUGAUCCCCGUCAUCUGCGCCCACUGCGUGUGCAAGACCGUGGCCAUCCGGAGGAAGUGCUUUGAGUUCCUGGACAUCAUGUUGCAGGAUUGGCAGAGCAGCUCCUUGGAGAGACAUGCAGCCGUUGUCAUGGAUACCAUCAAGAAAGGGGUUCACGACGCAGACUCCGAGGCCCGCUCUGUGGCCAGGAAGUGCUACUGGAGCUACCACGGCCACUUCAGCCAGGAGGCGGAGCUUCUGUUCCAGGGCCUGGAGUCGUCCUAUCAGAAGGCCCUGCAGGCCCACCUGAAGAGCGGCGACAGCCAGGCCUCACUGCCGGCCUCGGACCGCUCGUCCUCCUCCUCACAGGAGAGUCUCAAUCGGCCUCUCACCGUGAAGAGCUCUGUGGGCAGCAGCGGGACCAGAGCCAAACCCGGCCAGGCCUCCCGCCCCCCCCACGCCGCCGCCCCCGCCUCCCUGCAGCGUUCCCGUAGCGACGUGGACGUCAACGCCACGGCCACGGCCACGGCCAGGACGCGCCUGGCCGCCGCCCCCUCCGCCGCCCCGUUUAGCUCCGCCUCCGCCCUGCCGCCGGGGUCCUACGCCUCGCUAGGCCGGGUGCGGACCAGGAAGCAGAGUGCGGGGACCGGCCCGUUGGUCACAGACACCAGGGGCCGCAGCAGGGGCAAGGUGGUCUCCCAAUCACAGCCGGGCAGUCGCUCGGGGUCUCCAGGAAGGCUGCUGGGCUCCUCGUACGGCCGGGGCCCCAGGCCCACCAUGGGCAUCUCCACCGCCACCCCCACCUCCAGCGGGGGGCCGGUGGAGAAGGCCCGGCCCCGGGGCCCGCGGAGCCACGGCUGCAGCCGCGAGACGAGCCCCAGCCGCUCCACCACGGCGCGGAGUCGAAUCCCGCGGCCCAGCAUGAGUCAGGGCUGCAGUCGUGACACGAGUCGCGAGAGCAGUCGCGACGCCAGCCCGACCCGGGGGUUCUCCCCCCUGGACCGGCUGUCGCACCAGGCCCGCAUCUCAGCGUCCGUCCAAGCCAUGAAGAUCCUGGACACGGGGACGGAGGUGGAAGCGGCCGUGGCCGACGCCCUGUUGUUAGGCGACUCGAGGAAUAAGCGACGGCCGGUGCGGCGGCGCUUCGAGUCGCCGGGCGUGUACUCUGACGACGACGCCAACAGUGACGCGUCCAGCGCCUGCUCCGAGCGCUCGUACGGCUCGCGCAACGGCACCUCCGGCGGCGGCGGCGGCGGCGGGCACUUCCUCCGGCAGACGGAGGACGUGGCAGAGGUGCUGAACCACUGCGCCAGCGCCAACUGGUCGGAGCGCAAGGAGGGGCUGCUGGGGCUACAGAACCUGCUGAGGAGCCAGAGGGUGCUCAGCCGUGUUGAGCUCAAGAGGCUUUGUGAGAUCUUCACCCGGAUGUUCGCAGACCCCCAUAGCAAGGUGUUCAGCAUGUUCCUGGAGACGCUGGUGGACUUCCUGAGCCUGCACCACGAGGACCUCCAGGACUGGCUCUUCGUGCUGCUCACCCAGCUGCUGAAGAAGAUGGGCGCCGACCUGCUGGGCUCCGUGCAGGCCAAGGUCCAGAAGGCCCUGGACGUCACCCGGGAGUCGUUCCCGUGCGAGCAGCAGUUCAACAUCCUGAUGCGCUUCAUCGUGGACCAGACGCAGACGCCCAACCUGAAGGUGAAGGUGGCGCUGCUCCGCUACGUGGAGGCGCUGGCCCGCCACAUGGACCCCGCCGACUUCGUCAACUCCAGCGAGACGCGCCUCGCCGUCUCCCGCGUCAUCACCUGGACCACCGAGCCCAAGAGCUCCGAGGUCCGCAAGGCAGCCCAGGUGGUCCUGAUAUCUCUGUUUGAGCUCAACACCCCAGAGUUCAGCAUGCUGCUGGGGGCACUGCCCAAGACCUUCCAGGAUGGGACCACCAGGCUGCUCCACAACCACCUGAGGACCAACAGCGUCAUGGCCUCCCCCAGCCCCCAGCACGCCGCGCCCACCCCUCCUCGACAACCAGGCAGCCGAGGCAGCCCCCUCACCUCCCCCACCAACUGCUCCCACGGCGGGCUCUCCCCCAGCCUGCUGGAGUUCGACAGCGAGAACCUGAACUCUGAGGAGAUCUAUAGCUCGCUGCGCGGCGUCACCGAGGCCAUCCAGAACUUCCGCUUCCGCAGCCAGGAGGACCUCAUGGAGCCGCAGCGGCGCGACGGCAAGAAGGACUCCCUGUCAGGACUGGGCGCGUCCCUGGACUCGGACCCCCGGUUCGGCAACGGCGUGGGGGAGGGCGGCCGCAUGGCGCUGGACAACAAGACGUCCCUGUUGAACACGCCGUCGCCGCGCUCCUUCUCCAGCCCCCGCUUCCGCGACUACAACCCCUACAACUACACGGACACCAUCGGCACACUGGAGAAGACCCCCCUGAAGGGGGUGCUGUUUGACGACGCCCCAGACGGCCGUCGGCAAGAAAGUGUUGAAAACAAAGUGGCCCCGCCCAAGAGCUUCCCUGCUGGUCCGGCGGAGCAGCUGGAGCUGGUGGGGGAGCUCCUGAAGGAGCUGUCCCAGGGCCAGGCUGUGGAGCGGGGGCCGGAGCAGCGCCGCGCGGCCCUGCUGGAGCUGCUGAAGGUGGCCCGGGAGGACAGCCAGGUGGUGUGGGAGGAGCACUUCAAGACCACGCUGCUGCUGCUGCUGGAGACCCUGGGGGACAAAGACCACACGAUCCGUGCACUCGCGCUGCGCGUUCUGAGGGAGAUCCUGAAGAACCAGCCGGUGCGCUUCAAGAACUACGCAGAGCUCACCAUCAUGAAGACCCUGGAGGCCCACAAGGAUGUGCACAAGGAGGUGGUGCGGGCGGCGGAGGAGGCGGCCUCCACCCUGGCGAGCUCCACCCACCCGGAGCAGUGCAUCAAGGUGCUGUGUCCCAUCGUGCAGACGGCCGACUACCCCAUCAACCUGGCCGCCAUCAAGAUGCAGACCCGGGCCAUCGAACGCAUUGCCAAAGACUCCCUGGCCUCCCUGCUGCCGGACGUCAUCCCCGGCCUGCUGCAGGGCUACGACAACACGGAAAGCAGCGUGCGCAAGGCUAGCGUGUUCUGCCUGGUGGCCAUCUACUCUGUGAUUGGAGAGGAGCUGAAACCACACCUGGCUCAGCUUACCGGCAGCAAGAUGAAGCUGCUCAACCUGUACAUCAAGCGGGCCCAGACGUCCACCAGCAACAGCAGCAGCUCCUCCGACAUUUCCUCCUACUAGCCUCUCCUCCUGGGGGCGUCGUCACGGCAACCACACACACACCUGCUCUCGCCGUCGUAAUGGGUCCACGCCGAAGUUCCGAGUUGUUUUUUUCCCGGGAGACCUGUCACUCCCUGUCCGAAAUCAGCCCACUCCGGUGGACCACCAUGUUGUUGUUGUUGUUGUUGUUUUUCUUUCCUAUGAAUUUUCCACAGCCGACACUUUUCCCGCCUCUCCCUUGCGGACGGACCUGAGAGACGUCCGUGUUACCGGACCGGUCUCGACAGACGCACCACCUUGGCACGGUGUUGUCGUUUAUCCUCCAUCCUUCUCGUUGCCCCUUCUGGGGGGUUUAUUUUGGCACGCCUUCGCCACAAGGGGGUCCUGGCGUUCUUCCAGUGGGUUUCCAGAGAGUACUUGUGCAGGUGUUUCUCUUUAUUUGUUUGGUUAGUCAUGGGUUUGAUCUUCUCCAUCGCCCUUUUGAACCUCCUCCGCCAUCUUUUGGGCGAUCGCAAAGACGCCUCCAACCAGCGAUAGCAGAGUGGCGAUGUUUCAUACUCACUGAGACGAGGACGAUUCAGACAGAGAGAGAGAGAGAGCAGAGGGACCCUUACUCGCUCUCUCUCUCCCCUUUGCUCCUAUGUCCCCGCCCUAGAGAUCCUCGUGUCACAUUGUCUCCUCUCUCAUGAAGGUUCCAGUCCUUGCCGUAGUGGGUGGGAAACCCCACACCCCCUGACCAUCAGUAUUCCAUUGCUGUGUGAAACGAAACCUGACCACCAUUUAUAUUAAGCCUUUUACGUUUGUUUUGUGUUGUUUUUGUUUUGCUUUGACACAUCAUACCUUAUAGUAUAUAUCGAAUGUAAGAGCAAACGCUUUUGAGUGAUUUCCAAGGGUUUGGACUCCGAUCCGCCGCCUGUAGUCUUGUGGGAUUGGCAGUGUUCUGGGGGCCUGUGGGGGCCUCGGGCCCCCAAGGUCUAGUGAUGGGUAAGAAUGGGCGGGGGGGUUACACUUAUACGGGAUCAAAUUCAACACUUUGAACCAAAAUGUAUCCUGAAUGUGGGAUUCAAUGUGCAUUGUUGUGGACCCAAACGCAUUAACUACACGCACAAGUAUGUGUGCAAUGAAUGCUUAGAAAUAUGAAUGUCUAUUUACUCCAAAUUCACCCUGUCGUUUUGAAACGAUCAUUUGGCUGGCCAGUGAUUACGCACGUGAAAGCAGAAGCUUAUUUGGCAAUACGGCCUCAAUAGAUCUUACAAUCGGGUGAUUAUAUUAUUAAAGCGUCGGUUAAUUUAGAAGACAUCGUUGUACUUCCGUGGCGAGUAGGCUCAUAACGGUUUUUGUUGUGGUUUAACCUUUGAUAAGAAGGAUGUUUUUAUUCACAAGGGUCCAGAGAAACAGCCCUAUAGUCCUUUUGAAACGGUUGAAAAUAUUGUUGAAAAUAUUUGAAAUGCUGUUGUUCAGAAUUGCUCCCAGAUUGACUACUGCGAGUGAUAGAGUUGAAGUUCCAAAUCACUAAACGGUAGGCUAGGAUACCGUCUCCUAUUUAUGCUGAUGAGAUUGAAUCGGUUCAAAUGAUUCCUUAAUGAAUAAGGACCGAAGGUUACACGUCUAAAAAAACAACAGCGCAUUCAUCGUUAACACUACUGUAAGCAAAAAGCUAAAAGAGGAAAGAAAUUCUUGUUUUUUUGUACAUUUUGUCAACAUGCAUUUGUAAAACAUACCAGCAAUUGUUGGAGAAGGAUUAACUUUAGUGUAUAAAUUAUUGAAACUCUUCUAAAUUGAAUGUAAUGGGCUCUGAGGAUAUUUUGUGUGGCCUUUCUUAAUGUGAAAUAUUGUCUCUGCUUUUAGGCGGGAAAGCAAUAUCUAGUGCGACAGACAAACACACAGCCAUAUUAGACAUUACACAAAAUUACCCCCCAAUCUAUUUGAAAAAGGAUCAUCAUUUGGGAAAUCCUGGUGGAAAUAUCGCAAGAAAUGACAUUUGAUGUUGGAAGGAAAUACCUAUAGUUUGUGUUUUUUUUAUAUGGUUUAUUUUAUUUCGUUUUUUUACGUGAAAGCACUGUAAAAGUCUGUUACGUCUUAAGCGAGACUCUGUUUCUAUGGUCAAUGUACCUGCGCUGCUUAACAGGAACACUUUCAGUAUUUAUUUAUCUUCUUAAAAAUCUUCACCAUCAAGAGAUUCCAUCAGUUGAAUAGAGUUCUUAUUUCUUAACAUUAUCAAGCUCACAACUAUGGAGAUUUCACCAGGGUGGGGUAAAGAAAACAUUAGUUUACCAUGUCUCUUCAGUGCUCACAAUUUCCAUGCUAAGACUGUUAUAAGGCUGUACCAGCGCUACCAUUUUUGGCUUAAUUAGUUUUUAGAAUUUAUUUUACAAGCCAUUCUGUUCAGCUGCGUCUGAACUCAAAUGUUCUUCUGACUAGCCAAUCAAGUUUUAUUUCCGUUUGAUCCAACCCCUUUUCAAGGAGGCGUCACCAUAGGACCAACACAGGUGUCACUCAUAACGCUCAUGAUUACGCUGCGCCUUUUACGGCAACAGGGCCCGACUAGUAGACGUAAUAGCUCAACUGAAUCGCGCUCUGGUACAUACAAGGUGCAGAGCCAGAAUUAGUGUUAUGAGCGAUACUUGUUGGUCCAACGACGGAGCCUGCGCGAAAAGGGUCCAUGGAGACCUGAGGGACGUAGAGCCCUAUCGUGUCACCGUCACGUCUUCUGUAAAACACCACCUUGCCUUUGUAAUAAUCGGUAAUGACAUCACUACUAAUAACAGAACGUCUAACAUUCCCAGCACCGAGAGACGGUCGUUAAUAACUGUUCCUUGUGUGUGUGCCACGACCACAUAUUUGUUCAAAUAAAUCAAAAUAAAAUAAGUGUUUUACUAAAGGUAAAAAAAUAAAAAAAAAGUCAACGUGGAAGUAAUUGUGAAUUCAUUCGAGACGUUGGAAGGCCGCAUAAAAAAUAUCUAUAUAUAUAUAUAAUAUAUAUACGCCAAACCUCCGGACAUGCGUCGCCUUCCCAGCUCAGCUUUAACUGCUAAACAUCGCGUAGGCCUACUGACACCUUUAAUAGGUCCAUGACUGACACCCACCACUUUUUGCUUCGUCCCGCCGACGGUCGCCAUGGUGACCCCAUGGCGGGGUCGGGACCUCUUCGCUCCCCACGGAGACGUGCGUCACUUUACUUUCGCCAGCGGUACGACCGCUACCUUUUUCCUAUGAUUGCUGAGUUGCUUUCACAACUCACACACUUGCAUGCCACCUGUCUUAGUUUUACACCUUUUCUCGGGCUGUCCUGUAUUUAUUUAACCUUUUUGACCUUGCUAUGUUUUGAAUGUAUAUAUUUACAUGCCGUUUAUUUGUCGUUUGGUUCUUUUCCUUCAUCCCGACCUGUGAAAGUCGUUGCAGACAUUUAAGGAUUAAAUAAAGUGUCAGACGUGUG